AUGGCUGCUUCAAAUGCAUCAUCAUUUCUUUUCUCACUUCUUAUUGCUCUUUUGUUAUUUGCAUCAAUGCAAUUAUUUCGUACACAACUUUCAUCAAGUCAACCAUUGACAAUUGCUGGUGGAUUUAUGGGUUCAUUAGUUUUUGUAUCACUCUUAACGGCUGUAAGUAAUUUUGAAAUGAAUUUAUUUGGACAAAAUUUUCAAGCACGAGUUUUUCCUGAAGUUGUAACUUGUUUAUUUAUUUCUAUGAUAUGUUGUGCAUUUGUUCAUCGAGUUUGCGUAACAACUGGCAUGAUCUUUUCGUUAAUUGCUCUUUACUAUCUCAAUCGUAUUUCAACUACUAUUCAUGGAACUACAACAGGAUCGACAACAAAUUAUGUAACACAAAAAAAACAAAAAUAG